AUGUCAUCUCUGGGUGGUUCUGCUCACAAUCAGUAUGCUCACUCCAACGGCGAACCUAGCACGUCGGGGGAUCACCGACAUGAGAACGCAGCUGCAACUUGUCGCUGUUCCAUAGAUCCUAAGCUCAUCAUUCGUAUCGGAGCUAAGCAGAUAAUAAGCCUCGUCAUACCGGUCUCAAUAUGCAUGUUUCUUGUGGUCUUCAUCAGCAAAACCGUGCCCUACUUUUCCACAACUGAUGUGUACCUUAUUUAUACGCCCUUCCACACGCCGAAUGCAGAUAUCGGCACGCAAACCUGGCAAACUCUUGCAAACGUGGCCAUAUUUUUGAGCAUUGUAGUUGUGAUGACUUUCCUUCUUGUGCUCUUAUUCAAAUUCAAGUGCUACAAGUGUCUCACAGGUUGGCUUAUCGCGACUACAUUCCUUCUUGUCUUCGUCAUUUCAUUCAUAUUUUUCGCAGAAAUACUGCGAACUUCUAUGGUAUUCUUCGACAACAUCACGUUUGCCAUUCUUCUGUGGAAUUUCGGAGUACUAGGCCUGAUGUCCAUCCACUGGCGUAGUCCUCUUAUCUUGCAGCAGGCCUAUCUCAUCUUCAACAGUGUUCAAAUGGCCCUCAUUUUCCUAAAAUUUUUACCUAAGUGGACCUGCUGGGCUCUCCUCGGAGCACUAGCUAUCUGGGGUGAGGUGCCCUUGUGUCCCGUUACCAUGCUUAAGUGUACCUGUCCAUCUUUCACAUGGCGAGUUAACUCAGUCGGUUUGUUUAUAGACUUGAUAGCAGUCCUUUGUCCACGGGGUCCUCUUCGUAUGCUGGUGGAGAUGGCGCAGGAACGCAAUCAACCACUCUUCCCCGCUAUGAUCUACUCUACAACCACGGCCUAUAUUGUCACGAUGCAGCCGGUGGCGUUGAAAAGGAAUGAUGAAUCUCAUUUGGCGCACGCGGAUCCCUCCGUUAAGCCACAAGAAAAUUAUGCCAGCGUCGGACAUCCUCCUUCUCACCUGUCUACCUCCCCCGCGCCUCUCCCUGAAUUUGGCAAUGGAUCAGGUAAUUCAUCUCAACCAAAUGGAACGACUAACGAUUCAGCCUACAUGGAGGGGCAUCAGCCUACUCAGGUAGAAGUAAAUGCAACUCACCAGGAGCAGUGCAAUCUCACGCCUCCUUUGACAACCGAUUCUACGGAGCAGAGCAGCCAUAAUGGCGAACAGUUAGAAAACGCUAACGAUCGUUUGAGACACCUGCAGGAAGAUGUGAUUGGACGUGAGGAACAUGGAGUGAAGCUGGGUUUGGGGGACUUUAUCUUCUACAGUCUUCUGAUAGGACGCGCUUCCUUGGAUGGUGACGUGUUGACUGUGGUGGCGUGCUAUGUAGCCAUCUUGGUAGGCAUGUGCUUCACCAUCGUGGCGCUGGGGGUAGCGCGAAAGGCUCUUCCUGCUCUCCCCAUUUCAAUUGCAUGUGGCAUUGUCUUCUACUUCUCCACUGCCGUUGUUAUUACUCCAUUCAUCCGUGCCACUUCUGAAAAACGCCUCCUUUUUUAG